GUCGUUUCUGUUUGAUUCUCAGCAAAUUAGUCGUUUCAAAUGGCAUGGUUUUCAGCCAGAGACUGUAACAUUGUAAGGUGUUUACAAUAACUGUAUGUCUAUUUAUCUCCGCAUAGAGGCGCUGUUAGGAAAGUGUGUGUUUUGAUAUCCUGACCUGAAGACCCGGAAGUGAAUCUUUCCGCCAAAACAUUGGACGGCCGGUGGUCACCCAGCUGGACCGGCGCUUUGUUCCGCAAGCCGUGUAAAAUGUUUCGCGAAAAAAAUUGUGUCAUGUGCUAGAAGGACCACUAGGCCACCGUCAAGGUAAACUCGAUGGAUGGGUGACGUCAUUUUGACAGGUGCCAUCACAGGUGUCAAAAGGUGAACAUACGACGCAAGGCAGGGUCAAAAUCCUCGGUACACUUCACAAGUUGCUGAUGACGUAAGGUUUUGCAGGAUGGCAUGUCCCCACUUUGCUAAGGUGCUGGGAGUUGUGCAGGCCCUGUGUGUGGUGUGUGGCAUCAUCGUCGCCUGUAUCCUCACCAUCAGCAGGAACGACGCCGGGCAGAGAUGUCUGCUGUUCGGGGACUUCAACCUGGACUCCCAGUCUCAGGUAUACGGCAGUGACAGUGUGUGUAGUUACUGCCUGUACCAGGCCCUGGUGACCUCCGCUGCAGCACUGCUCCUCAUGCUGGUCAGCUGCAUCGCCUCUGUCCACUACGAAGUCUGGUGGCAGUCUGCCCAGAUGGUGGUGUGUCUGCUGGGCUGCCUGGCUAGCCUGGUGGCAGCCGUUACCCUGACAACCGGGUACCAGGACUGGUGCAGACAUCUGCAGGAGGGACGGAGCACAGACAGCUGUGAGGUGGCUGCUUCUGAGUAUGAUGCUUCCAGCGGGCACUCCACCAUGUUGGCAUUCUUCAGGAACAUGCAGGCAGCACAGAGUUUUGGCUGGGUGUUGUUCCUGGUCUGGGCCCUGACCACCUCCAUGGUGACCGUCCAGUGUUUCGUCGUGUCCAGAAAACGAGAGUAUGACCUCGCGCCACCGGAGACUGAGGCAGGCGACGAGAGAAGGCCACUCAUCUGGGGGGAGAGACGCAGACUGCAGAUUGUACAGGAUCCUGUGGAGUAAGGACUAUGGAUCCAGCACUAUUCUACAAGACUGCAGAUUGUACAGGAUACCAUGCAGUAAGGAUACUGGAUCUGAAGAGCCCACAAAAUACAGACUCUGGACCCUGCAGAAUCCCACAGAGUAAAGACUAUGGAUCCAAAAGGAUCCUAGCACAUAAAGACUGCAGAUUGUAAUAAUUAGGAUCCAAUGGAGUAAGAACUCAGGAUCUAAGGAUUCCACUAGGUAAAGACUACAGAUCCUACAGGUAGGUCUGCAGAAUCCACAACACAGACACUCUGGAUCCUAUAGAAUCCAGCAGAGUAAAAACUUCAGACCAUGCAGGAUCCCACAGAAUAGAGACUUGGUAUAUUACCGAAUCCUGCAAAUUAAAGAUAAAAAAUACUGAAGGAUCCCACAAAAUAGAGACUCUGGAUCCUACAGAAUCCCACACAGUAAAUACCAGAUACAAGAUCCCCAAAAUGAAAAAACUACAAAGCCAAACAUUCAAUAUUCAAAAGCUAUAAUUGCAUUUUGCCUGAAUGUUAGGAAUUCAUGUACAUAAAUCUUUCAAAAGAUCACAAAGCAAACAGUUGUGAUCAACAUGUUGCAAUGGGGAAAAAAAGCAGGAAAAAGGAAUACUGUAAAGUGUCAUAUGGUAUGAGAUGUAAUUUUAUACUGACUACUUUAAUGAUAAUAAGUUAAAUGUUCUGUCUUCUAAACUGGAAGCAAUAUAAAUUAUAUAAUCAUAUGUAUUUGAAUAUGUUCUACUUUUUGUUAACUUAUUUCCCUCUGUUGUCCUAUGAACAGUUUUAGUACUGUGGUGCUUAAUGUUUUAUUUUCUGUUUCUGACUAUUGAUGUUUGCAGAUGAGAAAAAAUAGGUCAUAAAGAGACAAUCAAUGCGUUAUUUUAGUGGUCAGGAAGUCAGUGUAGACAGGAUUCAUAAUUCUUGUAUUAAUGGGAAAAGUGCAAUGUAUCUAGGGGACCACCAAGUAAGUAGGGGACCACCAAAAAGUUUCCAGGUGUUCCUUAUAAUAUACAUAGAGGUGGUAUUUUGUACAGAUCUGACAGUAUUUAAAAUCCUGGUUAUAAGGUGUCCAUGAAAGCCAGAAAACUGGCUUGUGGGUUUGACUCAGCUCUUGGAUGUACUUCUGUCAGACAUGCGGGUAAUAGUUUAAGGUCAACAGAAGAAACCAAUUGACUUAUUGUACCACUACCUCUACAUUUGUUUGUUUGUUGGUUGAUUGGCUCUUGGAUAGUAAAUUGAUUAUGCUGAACGUGGAAAGUGACAAUGAAAACCAUACCAUGUUCCUAGUUUUAUAGUUUGAAAUCCUUUGAGAGCCUAUGUGUGAGUAAGAACAUAUUUUUUGUGUGUGCCAAAACCAUUAUGAAAUGCCAAAAUCAAAUUUACCGGAUCUGAUAGAUGAAUUUGAUGUACAUAUGUGAGUAGAUAGACUUGAAUUUUCUAAGUAAUGAAGAAAAAGACAAUGAUUUUAAAAACUGUACAAUGUAUGUAGAUCUGUACAACAGAUGGUCUGUGCUGGAGAAGUGUAAUUUGCAUAUUUGUUGUACUGAAAUGUUUCCAAACCAAAACAUUGAUGAUUAUUGCAUAUUGUGUUGGUGAUACAGUGACAUAAUUGGUUGUAAUUGAUACAAUCUUAUGUUAGAAUGUCAAGGUUGACUGGCGUGUAUAUAUUCCUGAUGAUCAGGUUUAUUUACUCAACCAUGUUUCUGAAGUUUAUGUUUCUUGAGAUAAUUGUUCAUUUGUGUUAUCAGUGUUCUCCAUGUAUUAUAUACUGUCACGUAUAAUGAUUUAUUUGGUCCAUUUUGUGCUGUUUGAAAUUUUGAUAAAAUGUAUACAUUAUAUAUAACAUAAGAAUAUACACAACAGCAACAACUGCACCUACAUGUAUACUGUAAGGUGUACAGGGAUUAGCAUUGUAGUAGUAUGAUAGUAGAUUGGAGACCAGCAUUUCAAUCAUGCCCGGCGUAUGUAUCAAGCAAGAGUGCUGAUUGAGUCCCACAGUUCCAAGCAUUCAGAAGUACAAACCCCAUUACACUGUUUCUGAGAAAUAUUCAGUAUCUGAAAUGAUGCAUGACCGAAAGGCCAUACUUUUUGAUAGAAACAGGAUCCGCCAAAUUAUUCUGCAGAGAAGCAACCACAGGAGCAACUAUAUGUAUCAGAGGUUGGAUAAUAAUGGAAUAUGUUGUGAUGGAUGAAAUUCAACACCAAGUUUGAAGACAGAUGAAAAAAUGUCAAUAAAAAGGUGGAGAACUUCA